UGUUAAUCAGGCAUGUGUUUUGGCCUUGAAGGUCUGGAGGGCUGAAAAAUCAAUAUUUGCCACACAGUCAGCUUGUUUUCCACCAAGAGUGGCUGAAGUCUCUGGUGUUGGGCAGACAGUCAUGAUCUUUUGUGUUUAAGUUUGACCUGCAAAUGUGUACAUAAGUGCAAUGAGUAGUAUGUUGUUGUAAAAUGACUCCAUAAUCAUGGAAGUAAAGGAGACCUAAACAAUUUGUGUUUAUAGUCUCAUGUCUAAUAAUGACAUUUUUGUUUACUGAAACUCAAGUCAAAUAAUUUUGACUAUGAACCGCUACAUAACUCUCAACCAACUAGGUGAUGGAACGUAUGGAUCUGUAGUUUUGGGACAAAGAGUGGACACUGGAGAGAAAGUUGCUAUUAAAAGAAUGAAAAGAAAAUAUUAUUCCUGGGAUGAAGCUAUGAAUUUACGUGAAGUCAAGUCUCUGAAGAAAUUAAGUCAUGCAAAUGUAGUGAAGUUAAAAGAAGUAAUUCGAGAAAAUGACACUUUGUACUUUGUUUUUGAGUACAUGAAAGAAAAUUUGUAUCAACUGAUGAAGGACAGAGAUAAAUUUUUUCCAGAACCUGUUAUUCGUAACAUGAUUUACCAGGUGCUCCAAGGCCUUGCAUUUAUGCAUCGGCAUGGAUUCUUUCAUCGUGAUAUGAAGCCAGAAAAUUUACUUUGUAUGGGACCUGAACUUGUAAAAAUUGCAGAUUUUGGACUCGCACGAGAAAUACGAUCUCGUCCACCUUAUACAGAUUAUGUCUCCACACGAUGGUAUCGAGCACCUGAAGUUCUUCUACACUCGACUAACUACAGCAGUCCUAUUGAUAUUUGGGCAGUAGGAUGCAUAAUGGCAGAAUUGUAUACAUUUCGUCCUCUGUUUCCUGGGAACAGUGAAAUAGAUGAAAUAUUCAAGAUAUGCUCUAUUCUCGGUACUCCAGAUAAGAGAGACUGGCCAGAGGGUUACCAUCUUGCAAAUGCUAUGAACUUUAAGUUUCCUCAAUUUUCACCCACACCACUCAGUACAAUUAUACCCAAUGCCAGUAAAGAAUCAGUGUACUUAAUGGAAGAGAUGUUAAGCUGGAAUCCAGUUCGUCGACCUACAGCACAACAGGCUCUCAGAGAUCCAUAUUUUCAAGUUGGACAAAAAUUGGGACCCACUCAAUUUGAUGCUGGAAAGUCUAAAAGCCAUAUUUUAUCUCAAAGCUUUGGACCCAAAGUUUCUGCUUCUUCACUUGCAUUUAACUAUGGUGGAAACAUAAAUACUAAACCCAUAGUUUCAAUGGCUCAAAACAUGAAUUCCCAGCAGCUGUCAGUGGGUUAUAGUGAAGUACCUAAUCAACCUAAACCCAUUCAACCUCUGCAAAAUACAGAAAAUAAACACAAUAUUGAGAUUCAAAAGGAAAAGAAACAGGCAACAAGAAUGAUGCAGAGAGAGGAAAUUGGAUCUGUUUUGGGGAAAAAGGUGGAUUUUGAUGGCCACAUGUCAACUCAUGGAGAAUUGAAAGAAAACAGGCCUAAUUGGCUUGAUUAUCCAGUUCAACCUCCCCUGCAGUCUAACCCUAAAAUGAGUGCAAAACAACAUUACCUAAGGGUAGCACGUUAUGUGGCUGGACACAGUACAAAUGUUCUUCAGCUGUCAGCAUGGCUCGUCAGAGUGGAGGAAUACAUGGGCGGACAGAUUGGGCAGCAAAGUACUUAAAAUGAAGGUGUGGGUGCAAGUAUUACUGUGAUAUAAAGUUAAACAGGUUAAGUAUUUAUGUGCCUGUUAAUGCUGUAAGUGUUAUUGGUGUGAAGGACCAAGAUUAUUUUUAAUACACAAGAGUUUGGGCAGUUUUUAAUCACUGACAACCAUAAUCCAUUCAAUUGCAUGUGCCUCAGUUCUGUAAAUAGAUAUAUAUAUAUAUAAUAUGUACAACUGUUUUGAUUUUCCAAAUAAAGUACUAUUCGUCACCACC